AUGGCACCACAAGACUCAUACGUCGACGAUGACGAGGACUGCUGUCCUCUCUGCAUCGAGGAGUUUGAUCUCUCUGACCGGAAUUUUCGACCAUGCCCAUGCGGCUAUCAGAUUUGCCAGUUCUGUUUCAACAACAUUCGGACAAAUAUGAACGGUCUUUGCCCGGCAUGCCGCCGACCGUACGAUGACAAGACCAUCCAGUGGAAGGUCGUCACGCAGGAAGAGAUUGCCGAGUUCCGAGCGAAUAUCCAAAAGAACCAGAAGAAACGAGCUGCCGAGCAGCGUCAGAAGGAGGCUCAGAGGCGCGAGGCCGAGAAGGACAAUCGCAAAAACCUCGUUGGCGUUAGGGUCGUCCAAAAAAACUUGGUUUAUGUGACCGGGUUAACACCGACAAUCCGCGAGGACGAGUUACUCAGAACCCUUCGCAAGCCCGAGUUCUUUGGUCAAUACGGCAACAUCCUCAAGAUUUCUAUUAGCAGUCGCAAGGGCACCGAUGGUCAAAACCACUCUCUAGGCGUCUACGUGACUUUUGAGAAAAAUGAGGAAGCAGCUCGAUGCAUCCAGGCAGUCAAUGGGUCUCAAAACGGCGACAGGGUGCUUAGGGCACAGCUGGGAACGACCAAGUACUGUUCCGCUUGGCUGCGUCACGAACAGUGCACGAAUCGGCAAUGCAUGUUCCUGCAUGAGUUGGGCGACGAGGAGGACAGCUACAGCCGGCAGGACCUUUCUUCGAUAAACAGUAUCAAUACGCAACGCCCGAUUCCGAACGCCAGCACUUCGCGUUCCGCUUCAAGACAGCAAGCGCACCCCUCACCUUCGCCCACUGUCGCGCAGCCCAUGGCGAGGAGCUCCAGCAAGGACGGUUCAGAUAACGGGGAGGCUCCGGCGCUUCCAGCCUCGGCCAACUGGGCCCGCAAUUCACAGGUCCGCAGUCGCCGGGGCAGCCACGCCACCAGUGCGGCAGCCCCCAGCCCUGCCGUUUCCAACGCGUUGCCAGUAACUGCCGAGUCUGCCGUCGAAGAUGUACCACCCGGUUCUUCCGCCACAGCACCAUCGGCUCGGGCUUCCCCGUCUGCAGCUCAGGCGAAGCUAGACAGCACGCAAUCAGAGAGGGCGAAGCGCUCCCAGGAAGAUGCCCUCAGGUCGCUACAGAAGUCGCUCAAGAGCUGGACGCUCGUGUUCCCUAAAGUGGGCGGCGAUUUACCGCCCGAUGAAUUCAACAAGCUCUAUCCCCCGCUUUUUGAUGCUUACGGUGGAAUGCGGCGGCGCGCUCUGCGCGCUGCUGAAGACAGUAGCAGUGUUGGAGAUCAGCAAUCCGGUGGCAUUCGGGAGCCCUCAGAGGGCGAGCCUGAGAGCAGCGGGAGCCUCGCUCUGGGCGGAGAACCGGAGGAUCGCGACCAUGGCCGCGAAGGCGCUGGUUUUGAUACUCGUCGCGCUACGCAGCCGCCUAUCCAGAGAGGCAACACUGAUGGGCUCUUUGGCCAGACAGUCGGCUCCGGCUUUGCUCAAACGCCCGGGAACUUGGGCUCGAUCGGGAGCCGCACGAUGACGCCGCAACAAACCGCCUUCAUGCGCCAGCCUACCAACUUCGUCGACCAUCUUUCCUCGCAGGCGAACUUGUUCCAAGGCCAAGGCCACAAUCGUCAAGGGUCGCGUUUCAGCUUCGCCAAUGACGGCCGAGAUGCUGCGUCGGCCACGGCUGUGAAGCUCGCGGCGAACCCCCGCAUCAUGGCCCAGCAGUCGUCAAUGAUGCCUACGUCGUUUCACUCUCAGCCUGGCGGUCAGUAUUAUGCCACCUCUAUGCCCGGGCCGCCGCCGGGACUCAAGUCGACGGGUACACCGCCGGGCGUGUUCGGACAACCCGGUUUUGGGUCGGCAGCAUUUGGUGGCGCUUCGAAGGAUACCAACGAGAUGCUGCAGCUCUUCCGCAGCCGGGGCGCAGGCACUCAGGCGCAUGAUGCCGGAAAGCGUGAGUACAUGUUCUCUUCCUUUCCCAAUCAGUACCCACCCUCCACCUCCUCCACCCCAGCUCCUGCCUCGAGCCACCUGGCAAUGCUCUACGGUUCUCAGCCUGGAGCCUUCCAAGACUUGGGUUCAAAGCAGAAGAAGAAGGGGAAGAAGCACAGACACGCUAACACUUCCUCCUCUGGGGGGAGUGGCUUAGUAGAUCUUGCGGACCCGAGUAUCCUGCAGGCGAGAAUGCAGUCUCAGCAGCAUCUGCAGCAACAGAGCAAUGCCGGACUCGGACAGGGACUGUUCGGUGGUCAGUCGCAAGGUGGGUACAACAACCCCGGCAUGAUGUACAACCCGGGCUACCGGGCUUGGUGA